CACUGUCAGAAGAGCAGACUGUGUACACCGUGGAAUAAAGUUAAUGAAACUAGUAGUGAUGAUGAGACAGAUAAAUUGACAAAACUUGACCAAAAAAGCAAAUCCACCCAAAACGGAACAGAUUUCUCUGGGAAAGUGACCAUUAUUUCAGACCUGAAGCGGAUUGUGGUUGUUUUAAAAACAGAAGACGGUGUGAACCCAAAGUGUUGACGUUCAAGAUCCCCCCCCAAAAAAAGGAUUUUACUCUAGCGUGGAGCUUGAUUUGAGGCAUUUUGAGUUCUUUAUCCUCCUCUUGAGCCCAGAGCCGAGGGGGAGGCAGAGCCGUGGCGUCUGCGGGAAUGAAGUACAGCUACCAGUAUCCGGUGUCACAGUACACACGCUCCAACACGCACUAUACAUCCACACAUUACACACCUUCACAUUACUCCAGCAGCUCGUACUCGCCCAGCUACUACAGUGCCACGAAGUUGAGCCCUACUACACUCCACACGCCAUCACACUACGUUCCACCAGCUUACACACCUGCAUACAAGCCCACCUCCACUUACACCGCCGUCUACAGCAAGCCAUCACGGCAGAGCAGUUCGACCCGGACAAGUGUACAGCUUACUCCUACUGUAACCCUCAAACCCGCCCGGGCCGUGCGCUUCACAAACGAUCUUGUAUUCCAGGAUUUAGUCCGGCACAGUGAGCUGGAACAGAUCGGCCGGUUUAUGAGGGCGAGGAAAGUGCGUCUGGACACCAUCUUCCAUUCUGGAAUGGCAGCACUCCAUGAAGCCGUUCUCUCAGGAAACCUGGAGUGUGUGAAGCUCCUGAUAAAGUACGGAGCUGACGUUCAUCAGAGGGAUGAAAACGGAUGGACACCACUGCAUAUGGCGUGCAGCGAUGGUUACCCUGAGAUUGCACGGUACCUUCUCUCUCUGGGUGCCAGUGUGGAAGCAGAGAAUGAAAAUGGGGAGAAACCAGCAGAUCUCAUCGACCCAGACUGUAAAGAUCUGCUCAAACUCUUCGAGACAGGCUGUGUUUGAGGGCUGAGCCACAGAAGAACUGAGGAAAAAAUGCUAGAAUUUAUGAUCACUGUCCUGAGCUUCUCAUUUUGUGUGGUUUAACGUUCUCCUGGAUAUUCUUCUUUCUUUUUCUUUCUUUUAGCUGUAGAUGCGACUUUAGUACAAGGCUACUGAGGAACAACAAACAGUUGUUAGCUUUGAAAGUCAAAACACUACCAUAAACAGCCCAUUUUUAUUUCUGAGUGAAACAUGAUAUUCAACAAGAAGAAAAUUUGUGAUUUUAUCCAUUGGGAAUAGACUGGAUUAUGAAAAGUCGGUGUUACAUACCAGAUUGUCAGAAGGUUUGAGUGGAGAGGAUGAAAAAGGAAGAGAGAUUUCUAAUGGCAGACAUUUAGUUGAGGCUAAGCAAGUUAUUCUAUUUUAAUUAAAGAUUACAAGGACAAUUUUUUUUUUCUGGAAUAACACAAUAAUGCCAGGACUGUAUAUGUAAAGAUGCGUGUGUAUGUGAACUUCACAGGAGCACCAUACAUUUACACAAACCAGCAUCUCUCAGUGUUUACAGACAGAUCUUUUCUGAAUGCCAUCUGCAGUCGUGUUCAUUUUCAUUGCUGUGUUAAACAUAAUGUACCGGGGUCCUUUUGAUGUGCUCAUGAUUGUUAAUAGUUUCACAAAAGAUAUCUUUUAUGUGACAAUGGAUUCAGUCCUGUUGAUGCAAAGAGUACUUCACUCCCCAGAUGGACCGCUGUGCUGUCUGUCUGCUGGGCAGCAGGAGCACACACUGCAAACCUGCAGAAACACUGAGGGUUCGUGCACUACUGUUAAACCUGAGGGCACUACUGACAUUUUGAAUAUCUCUUGUCAAAGUCUUAUAUUUAUCUCCUUUUUUUUACAAUGUUUUCAUAAAUAAAGCUGCUUUUAUACA